AUGAGCGUGCAACUCCGUUCCCCAUUUAUUGGGAUUCCAGUUUCUGGACCUCUAAAGGUUCGAAACAAUGUCUGUUUACCAUAUUUGGUGGGGUUUAGGAAACGGAGGCGGCCUCGUGAUAAGGUUCUUCGUGCCAAAAGGCAAGAUGAUUGGAAAGCACAGGCUGUUAGGUUUUCAGAUUUUUGCGGUAGAAAUGUAGAGUUGCUGAGGAAGGCCAUUGGAUCUAGAAAUGGCUUGAAAGUGGACUUUGUGGCAGAGCCUUUAACUAGAAGUAAAGCCUUUGUGAGGUCCUUGACUCCUUUGUGGCAAGAAGGCUUGCUCCUAGUGAGAUGUUCAGCUCUCGUAGCUGUGAUAUCUGGGGUUUGCUUGUUGGUAUGGUAUGGGCAAAACAAAGCCAAGCGUUAUAUAGAGGCCAAACUUUUGCCUUCUGUUUGCUCUAUGGUGAGUGAGUCCAUCCAACGAGAUGUAAGUUUUGGUAAGGUUCGAGGAGUUUCUCCUUUAAGCAUUACUUUGGAGUCCUGCUCGAUUGGGCCUCAUUCUACUGAAUUUUCAUGUGGUGAGGUACCCACUAUGAAGCUUCGUCUUCGCCCAUUUGCAAGUUUGAGUAGGGGGAAGAUUGUAAUUGAUGCUGUACUGUCUCAUCCUACUUUACUGGUCGUGCAAAAGAAAGAUUACACCUGGUUGGGCAUCCCCUCUACUGAAGGUGGUCUCGAACGACACUUAUCCACCGAGGAGGGAAUUGAUUACCGUACAAAGGCUAGGAGGUUUGCUAGGGAGGAAUUAGCUGCUCAGUGGGCUAGAGAAAGGGAUAAUAAUGCUAAGGAAGCAGCAGAGAAAGGUUAUCUUGUUCUUGAGCAUGAUUCUACUCGGGCUGAAAAUGGUGUGGUAAAUCAUGACCCAACUCCUUUGUCAGAUACAACUAGCCCUGAAUCUUUUUCCUGUGUAGAUGAUAAGAUGCACUGGAGAGACCAUCAUUGUGCCGACACUAGUGUUGAUUAUGAUGUGAAGCAUGCUGAUCUCGAGAAAUCAUUUGGUAGAAGUUCAAGUCUUGAAUUAUGGAACCGAGUCAUCAAUGGACCCAGAAGAAAGUUUAAAAAGAGGAAAUCCAAUGGUAUUGACAGCACUGUUGCUGGUAUUAGUGCCAAAAGGAAAAUCCUGGAACGUAGUGCAUCUGCAACGAUUGCUUAUUUCCAAGGUCUCUCAAAUGGCAAGUUUGAUGAUCCAUCUCAUUCACAUGGGGGUGGCUGUGAUACAGUGGAUUUUGAGAACAUUUUGGCGCCAAGCAAGGCUGUUAGUAGUGAUAUUGAUGUUUCUGUUGAUGUUAAUAGUGGGAAUCAAUAUCUUACAGAUAAAAAUAAAAACGUUGAUGGGAAUGGUGAUUCAGGGAUUGAGCCUUAUGCCGAGAGAAAAAGUAUUAUAGGGCAACUAGAUGACUUUGACCUCUUCCGAGAUCCAUUUCUGAUGACUUUAAGUAGACUGAAUGCAAUAGGAAAGUUGAGUAAUAAGUACCCUGUCGUUGGUCACAGUCUGGGGAGCACAAGAACCAGCAUUUUAGAUAAGGAAGAUUUAGUGAAUGUCGGUAUAGUUGGACAGAACAAUAAUGAUCUGUACAAGAUUUACAGUGGUCCUCCUGCAUCUCAGAAUUCGACUUCUGAAAAGCCUGAGACUGAAUCGUCAGUUUUACGUCCAGUUCCAGUUAAGCCAGUGAAUUUGAAGUCUGCAUUGCCUUAUGCCUCAAGAAACAUUGUGAAUUUCUCAAACAAUCCUUUUGUUAGCCCCAUGGCGAAGUCAAAGUCAGGUGUUGGUCCAACAUUCGAAGACAUAGUGGCAGAACUUGCUGAUGAAGUAGAUAUUGUGCAUGCUGAAGGAAUUGAGAAGAAGCUUCCUGUUUACCUAGAUUCUAUUAUUUUUAAGGGGGGAACUCUUAUGCUAAUGGCUUACGGAGAUCGAGAACCUAGAGAGAUGGAGAAUGCCAGUGGACAUGUGAAAUUCCAAAACCACUAUGCACGAGUGCAUGUUCAGUUAAGUGGCAAUUGUAAGAUGUGGAACUCUGAUGCAAUUUCUGAAGACGGUGGCUGGUUGGCUGUUGACGUGUUUGUUGACAAUAUUGAGCAGAAAUGGCAUGCCAAUUUAAAAAUUUCAGACCUUUUUGCUCCUCUUUUUGAAAGGAUCUUAGAAAUUCCAAUCAGCUGGUCCAAUGGAAGAGCCUCUGGUGAGGUGCACUUGUGUAUGUCUAGAGGAGAAACAUUUCCUAAUCUUCAUGGACAGAUUAAUGUGACAGGAUUAGCAUUUCAAAUAUUUGAUUCCCCAUCUUCAUUUUCUGACAUAGCAGCCAGUUUAUGUUUCCGUGGUCAAAGAAUUUUCUUGCAUAAUGCUAGUGGCUGGUUUGGCAAUGUUCCUUUAGAAGCUUCAGGAGAUUUUGGAAUUCAUCCAGAGGAAGGAGAGUUUCAUAUCAUGUGCCAGGUUCCAUCUGUUGAAGUUAAUGCACUGAUGAAAACUUUUAAGAUGCGACCUCUAGUAUUUCCGGUGGCAGGCUCUGUAACAGCUGUAUUUAACAUGCAAGGUCCCCUAGAUGCUCCUGUAUUUGUUGGAAGUGGAAUGGUCUCGAGAAAGAUAUCCCAUUCAGGCUUAGAUGUCCCCAUAUCCGCUGCAUCUGAAGCAAUGCUAAAAUGUAAAGAGGCUGGAGCUGUGGCUGCAUUUGACCGUGUUCCAUUGUCAUAUGUAUCGGCUAAUUUCACAUUCAAUACGGAUAACUGUGUGGCUGAUUUAUAUGGGAUCAGAGCUAGCCUUGUAGAUGGCGGAGAGAUUCGAGGCGCAGGCAAUGCAUGGAUAUGCCCUGAGGGUGAGGUGGAUGAUAAGGCAAUUGAUGUGAAUUUUUCGGGAAAUUUGUCUUCCGAUAAAAUUUUGGACCGCUAUAUGCCUGGUUAUCUUCAACUUAUGCCACUGAAGUUAGGUGAACUAACUGGAGAGACAAAGCUUUCGGGAUCACUUUUGAGGCCGAGGUUUGACAUCAAGUGGAUUGCACCUAAAGCUGAAGGCUCAUUUGUUGAUGCUCGAGGGGACAUUGUGAUCUCUCAUGAUUAUAUAAAAAUCAAUUCUUCAUCUGUUGCUUUUGAUUUACUUUCAAAAGUUCAGACCUGUUAUCCUGACGAUUAUCAUGGAAGAGAAGAGUCUUCUGCAAAUACUUCUAUGCCCUUUACAGUUGAAGGAGUUGAAGUAGAUUUGCGAAUGCGUGGUUUUGAGUUUUUCAGCUUGGUCUCUUCUUAUCCUUUUGACUCUCCACGACCAACACAUUUGAAAGCGACGGGCAAGAUAAAGUUUCAGGGAAAAAUUGAGAAGCCUGGCAUUCCUGCGGAGGAAAAUCUUUCUUCUAAGAGUGCGCAACAUGUAGGUUUAGGAGGGUUCAGAGAAAGUCUUGUUGGAGAAGUUUCAGUAUCGGGUCUCAGAUUGAAUCAGUUGAUGCUGGCUCCUCAGCUAUCUGGUCAGUUCAGCAUUUCUAGUGACCAUAUCAAGUUGGAUGCCACGGGUAGACCAGAUGAAAGUCUAGCAGUGGAAGUUGUUGGGCCAAUACGGCCCAUUCUUGAGGAAACUUCCCAAAAUGGAAAGUUAUUGUCUUUUUCCCUCCAGAAGGGCCAGCUGAAAGUUAAUAUGUGUUUCCUGCCAAUGCAUUCUGCAACCUUGGAGGUCCGAAAUUUUCCCUUAGAUGAACUGGAGUUGGCAUCACUACGAGGAACCAUCCAAAAGGCUGAAAUUCAGCUUAAUUUUCAGAAAAGAAGGGGCCAUGGCUUGUUAUCUGUGCUUCAUCCGAAGUUCAGUGGCAUUCUAGGUGAAGCUCUAGAUGUGGCUGCCAGAUGGACCGGAGAUGUUAUCACCAUUGAAAAAACUGUUCUGGAACAAGUGAAUAGCUAUUACGAGCUUCAAGGGGAGUAUGUGCUACCUGGCACUCGCGACCGGAGCCUGUUAGGGAAGGACAAGGGUGCCGCCUUGUUUGAACGAGUGAUGACUGGUCAUCUGGGAAGUGUCAUAUCUUCCAUGGGAAGGUGGAGGAUGAGACUUGAAGUUCCUCGAGCUGAGGUUGCCGAGAUGCUCCCAUUGGCAAGACUCCUCUCGCGAAGCACAGAUCCUGUUGUUCGCUUGAGAUCUAAGGACCUUUUUAUGCAGAAUCUGCAAUCUGUUGGACUCUAUCCUGAAACACUUCAGGCUUUACUGCAGGAAAUAAAGGGGCAUCGUACUGCUCCAAAUGAGGUUAUUCCUGAGGAAAUAAGUCUUCCAGGACUUGCUGAACUUAAAGGUCGUUGGCGGGGUUCUCUUGAUGCAAGUGGUGGAGGCAAUGGAGACACGAUGGCAGAAUUCGACUUCCACGGGGACGACUGGGAGUGGGGAACAUACAAUACUCAGAAGGUUCUAGCAGUUGGUGCAUACAGCAACAACAAUGGGUUGCACCUUGAAAGGUUGUUUAUUCAAAAGGAUAAUGCGACAGUACACGCUGAUGGGACUUUAUUAGGACCAAAAACUAGUCUGCAUUUCGCUGUCCUAAACUUCCCUGUCAGUCUGGUUCCUACUUUGGUUCAGGUAGUUGAGUCUUCAGCAUCAGAUACUGUUCAUUCAUUGAGACAACUGUUAGCUCCAAUCCGGGGUAUAUUGCACAUGGAAGGAGAUCUGAGAGGAAGUUUGUCUAAACCGGAAUGUGAUGUGCAAGUAAGGCUCUUAGAUGGUGCUAUUGGAGGCAUUGAUUUGGGUCGAGCAGAAGUUGUGGCAUCUCUAACUUCAACUAGCCGAUUUUUGUUCAAUGCCAAAUUCGAACCAGUAGUACAGAAUGGUCAUGUGCAUAUACAAGGAAGUAUACCUCUUACGUUUGUGCAAAAUAACUUGGAAGAAGAAGAUACUGAGACGGAUAACAGUGGAGCAACUUGGUUUCCUGGUUGGGCCAAGGAAAGGGGAAGGGGCUCUUCUGAUGAAGCCAUCGAAAAGAAACUAUUCAGAGAUAGAAGUGAAGAUGGUUGGAAUUCUCAAUUAGCAGAAAGUCUUAAAGUUUUGAGUUGGAAUUUCUUGGACGUCGGAGAAGUUAGGGUUGAUGCUGAUAUCAGGGAUGGGGGAAUGAUGCUGUUGACAGCUUUAUCUCCUUAUGCUAACUGGGUUCAUGGCAGUGCUGAUAUUAUGCUUGAGGUCAGAGGAACUGUUGAGCAACCUGUGGUGGAUGGAUUUGCUACAUUCCAUAGGGCAUCUAUAUCUUCACCCGUACUUAGGAAGCCCCUGACAAACCUUGGUGGUUCAGUGCACGUAAAGUCAAACAGAUUGUGCAUCACUUCAUUAGAGAGCAGGGUUAGCAGGAAAGGGAAGCUGUUCAUUAGAGGUAAUUUACCUCUUCGAACAAGUGAAGCUUCCACUGAUGAUAAGAUUGAAUUGAAAUGUGAAGUCCUGGAAGUCCGAGCAAAGAACGUUUUAAGCGGCCAGGUUGACACUCAGAUGCAAGUAACAGGUUCCAUACUGCAACCUAACAUCUCUGGAAACAUCAAAUUGAGCCAUGGAGAAGCGUAUCUUCCACAUGAUAGAGGUAGUGGAGCUAGUUCGUUUAAUAGACUAGCAUCUAACCCAGCAAGACUACCUGGUGGUGUCAAUCUAGCAGCUGCUUCUAGAUAUGUAUCACGUUUUUUUGGUACGGAACCUGCUUCAGGGACCAAGUUCGCUCAGCACACUGUCAAAUCAACUCAAGUUGAGAAGGAUUUGGAGCAAGUGAAUGUCAAACCAAAUGUUGAUAUUCGCCUUACUGAUUUGAAGCUUAUGUUGGGACCAGAGCUGAGAAUAGUGUAUCCUUUGAUUCUGAAUUUCGCUGUGAGUGGGGAGCUGGAGCUAAAUGGUCCAGCUCAUCCCAAGUUGAUCAAACCUAGGGGCGUGCUGACAUUUGAAAAUGGCGAUAUUAAUCUUGUUGCAACUCAAGUGAGGCUUAAACGAGAGCAUCUAAAUAUUGCAAAAUUUGAGCCAGAGCAUGGUUUAGAUCCUAUGCUGGAUUUGGUUCUGGUUGGAUCAGAGUGGCAAUUCAGGAUCCAAAGCAGAGCAAGCAAUUGGCAGGACAAACUGGUCGUGACCUCAACAAGAUCUAUGGAACAGGAUGCUCUUUCUCCUACUGAGGCUGCUAGAGUUUUCGAGAGUCAAUUGGCAGAAUCCAUAUUGGAGGGUGAUGGCCAACUUGCAUUCAAGAAGCUUGCUACUGCGACACUUGAAACCCUGAUGCCAAGGAUUGAAGGAAAGGGAGAGUUUGGGCAUGCUAGAUGGAGGCUAGUCUAUGCUCCCCAGAUCCCAAGUCUGCUUUCUGUAGAUCCGAUGGUUGAUCCUUUGAAAUCACUAGCCAGUAACAUAUCCUUUGGUACAGAAGUAGAGGUCCAGCUUGGGAAACGCUUACAGGCGUCGAUUGUGAGGCAGAUGAAAGACUCCGAAAUGGCCAUGCAAUGGACACUCAUCUACCAGCUCACCAGUCGGUUGCGUGUUCUUCUGCAGUCUGCUCCUUCGAAGCGCCUCCUUUUCGAGUAUUCCGCAACCUCACAGGACUAG